ACGGGAACCGCUGUCGCCUUCGGGAAAAACCACCCAAACCCACGAUACGACGACGACAACUCCCCUUCGUGACCGAGCCCGCCCGCCCGAUAGAUCCUAUUAGCACCACCACACAAGGAUCAAAAAUAAAGCCAAAGAAAGAGGGGAAAAAGGGAACGGGCCUCGAAAUUAGGCAAAUCGCAGCAGCAGUAGCACUCGCAACGGCCAGCCCAUCAUGCCCAAGUCCAAGCGCGCCAAGGUCUACCACCUCACGCAAGUCUCCAAGAAGACGCGCGAGCAAAAGGACAAGCUCUUCCAGAACAUACGCGACGCUGUCCCCGAGUACCAGCACUGCUUCGUCUUCAGCGUCGACAACAUGCGCAACAACUACCUCAAGGACGUCCGCCGCGACCUCGCCGACAGCCGCCUCUUCUUCGGCAAGACCAAGCUCAUGAGCAAGGCCCUCGGCCAGUCCCCCGCCGAGGCCGUCGCCCCGGGCAUCCAGGACCUGACCCAGUACCUCGCCGGCACCGUCGGCCUGCUGCUCACCAACCGACCCGCCCCGGCCGUCCUCGAGUACUUUGACGCCCAGACAAAGGUCGACUUCGCCCGCGCCGGCGUCACCGCCACCCGCUCCUUCACCAUCCCGCCCGGCGUCGUCUACGCCACCGCCGGCGAGGUCCCCGCCGAGCACGACGUCGCCCUCGAGCACUCCAUCGAGCCCGAGCUGCGGCGGUUAGGCGUCCCCACCCGCAUGGUCAAGGGCAAGGUCGUCCUCGGCGACGAGUCGGGCGCCGGCGAGGGCUAUGUCGUCUGCAAGGAGGGCGACGUGCUCGACUCCCGCCAGACGAGGCUCCUCAAGCUCUUCAGCGUCUGCCUCAGCGAGUUCCGCGUCAAGGUUGUUGCGUACUGGAGUUCGGCCACCGGCGAGGUUACAGAGGUAGAUCCCGCCGCCAUGGACGGUGUCGAAGAGGAUUGAAAUGCCACACGCGCAUGGACAUGAUUGGACAGAUACGGUUUAAAAUGGAAGAAUUGUGACGCUGCUGGCCAGGGCACGAAUGACCUUUUCACGGUCGGUCGACUUGGUCUCGGGCAUGAGCUUUAAAAACGGGCAUCUCGGCGUUCUAAGGUCAUGGGAUAUACACACACUGGCGCGCUCACAGUCAUGUUUUCUCGAGCGCCGCCUCAACAGAUGAUGAUAAUACCUAGCAUAUUACACAC